AUGCGGCGAGGCUCGGCGGUGCUGGGCACGUUCGCCCUCGGCGUACUGCUCCACCAGGCUGCCGUCGUGGUGGCGCAGCACGGCACGGUCGGGCGACCCUGCGAGGUGUCGACCGACUGCGGCACCGGCAACUAUUGUGCGGGGAAUAAGCGGUGCGCGUGUCUCACCACGUACGUCGAGAUUGACUCGUACUGUUGGCGCAAGAUCAACCCCGGCGAGUCGGGCUGCACACAGAAUCGACAGUGCGAGGCCGUCUGGCCCGGGGCAUAUUGUCGAUCUGGCGAGUGUCGAUGCGCAAACAACCAGCCGCCUUUCCGGACGAGAGACGGUCUCGUCUGCUUGAACUACGGCUUCUGCCCGCUCAACGGCAACAACCCGAAAUUCCGCAUCGAGAACCAGGUGCAGCAAUGCUACGGAGGAGCCGACGCGACCUGCGAGGCCAUCGGAGCCCUAGCCUACGAUUGCAUCUGCGAUUCUGAUGACUGCACGGUCAACAACCCCAUCUCUUUCUGCUGCCCGUCUCGCGCCUUCGCCUGCAUCCAGCCACCAAACGAGGGCUACACCCCGCCAGGCGGCGGCACCACCCUCAACCACUGGUACCACGACCCGAUUACCGGUGAAUGCCGUGAGCUGAAAUACCAGGGAUAUGGCGGAAACGCGAACAACUUCCAGACCAAGGACCAUUGCGAGUCGUACUGCAAGCAGACCUGCAAUCGCGGACUGCCGCUGUACCGAGACCGAACAACGGGCGUCAAGCAAGAGCCCGUCUACUGCCAGGGCAACGACAACGGCUGCAACAACCCCAACUAUGUCUGCACCACCAUGGGCACCCUGCAGCAGUGCUGUCCCACAUUCACGUUCAUCUGCUCCCGCAACGGCGCCAUCCCCACCGAGGUGUACAACACCGCCGGCGGUCUCCCGACCGAAUACUUUGAUGUCGGUAUCCCGGAUGGGUCUGGCAACACGUACCCGAGAUUCUAUUACGAUUCCCGAGAAGGCCGAUGCAUCCAAUUCUCGUACCUCGGCCAAGGAGGAAACUUCAACAACUUCCUCUCCCAAGACCACUGCGAGAAGUUCUGCUCGAGGAUUCUGUGCUCGGCCGGCGAGCCGCUGAAGGAUUCGUCCGGGGAGCGCAAUAUGGAAUGCUCGCCCACGGGAAGCGGGGCCAACACUUGCCCCUCAACCCACUCUUGCGAGAGCACUUCCGGCUCAACGACGUUCGGUGGUGUGUGCUGUCCGCGUCCGCAGUACGUGUGCAAGCUGCCCAGGGAACAGGGUAACUGUGGCACGUACUCUAACCGCUGGUGGUUCAACGCCAAGACCGGCAACUGCGAGGAGUUCAUCUAUUCCGGCUGUCAGGGCAACGCCAACAACUUCGAGACGUACAAGGAAUGCCAGGACUACUGCCGUGAUGCCAGGAGCGAACCCCAGUGUAUCCAGGGCACCGCGCUCACCGACUCCAACGGCAACUUCAUCAUCUGUGGAGCUUCAGGCUCAUCGGCCGCGUCGACAACCUGCCCGGCCAACCACUACUGCUACUACGACGGCACGACGUACGGAUGCUGCCCCACCCAGGCUUACACUUGCUCCCUAUCAUACAAGGCCGGAGCCACCUGCGGACCCGCCGUCACUCGUUGGUACUACGAUUCUACGACUAGAACUUGUCAGACGUACUCCUUCAACGGCUGCGACGGAAACAGCAACAACUUUGCCACGCAGCAGGAUUGCAAGGAUUAUUGCCGUGUCGAAAGCUGUCCGGAUGGCGGAGAGGUGUGGAAGGAGCAAAACGGCGCCGCCCGCGCCUGCACCAGCAACCGCCAAUGCCCAUCCACCCACUAUUGUACGCCGGUGACCACGUGGACAGGCACCGUCUACCAGACCAAGUCACUCUGCUGCCCCUCCAAGAACUUUGUCUGCUCGCAACCGCGCGAUGUCGGCGUCCGCUGCUCGUCGACCAGGAUCAGUAGAUGGUACUUCAACGCCGACACGAAGACGUGCCAGACGUUCGAGUACAACGGCUGCGAGGGCAACCGCAACAAUUUUGCCACCCAGAAGAGCUGCCAGAACUACUGUCUGUCCGAGGCGUGCCCGCCGGGUACCGUCGUCGCCAAGGAGGCCGAUGGCAGUCGGCUCGUCGCCUGCUCCAACCCUGGAGGUGCUGGUCGCGUCUCGGGCGGAUGCCCCGAUGGCUACACGUGCAAUUCCUCGCCGCUGCUUGACCAGAACGUCUGCUGCGGCGCCAGCACUGAGUUGCAAUCGCUGUGCCCUGCCUCAUCUACACCCUUCAUCUCGGCUCUGUCCCUUCAGCCGAUGCAGUGCACGCCCAACGUUGAUGGCGCAUGCCCGGGCAACUUCUUCUGCUGGUUCUCGACCACCUCGACGUCGGUGAACGCCUUCUACUGCUGCCGAUCACCCGAUUCAGUAGACACCGGAUACUGCCCACCGCAGCUUGUGCCAGUCCCCGGCGAGGGCGGUGCCCAGUACAAGUACUGCUCACCGUCGGCCCCACUCAACGACGCCAUCCAGGGCUGCGGCCCCAACCGACAUUGCCAGUUCUCCACCAACCUCGAGCGGUAUAUCUGCUGCGGGCUGGAGUCUGACGUGCGGUUGCCGAAUGUGUGCCCACCGCAGCCGGCCAACCUUGUUCCCGUUGAGUUGGCAGGCAACUACCGGACGUGUAAUCCGUACGCCCGGGCGGGCACCCCGCAAUCGUGCCCCGACAACUCGGCAUGUCUCUACACUGGCAACGACAACGGCUUCAUCUGCUGUCGGGUGCAGCUGAACGGGGGCAAGCAA